GUUAUUCUGAAUGUUUGUAAAAUUAAAGAAUAAUUUUCGUUUAUGAUUUGUUAACGGAGCAAGGUUUUACAUCAAGACUAAUAAAACGCGGUGACUCGCAUUCACUCUUCCAACCAUAUCAUGGAAGCGCUCCGAUUCUCCACCGCUCACCAACCGCUUCUCCGCCCUCACUCUCACCCUCUCCACCACAAAAUGCUGCGCACCGCCGUUCAAGCAAACCCUCGUUCCAACUCUUUCAUCGUCGGCGUCUUCUCCAAACCCGCAGAGUUAGUUUCCGUUCCUUCUCCUACUUCCGUUGUGUCUCCUCCUCAUCCUCUGAUCAAGGUUUCUCCUGAUUCACUUCAAUAUCCACCUGGUUACGUCGGUGCUGUUCCCGACCGAUCACAUUCCGGUGACGUCGAAGACAUCCACGGUGCUAUGGAUUAUUUGACUAAGAUACUCUCUUCUAGAGUCUAUGAUGUUGCCGAGGACUCUCCUCUUGAAUUCGCGCCAAAGCUAUCUGAAAGACUUGGUGUUAACAUUUGGCUCAAGCGCGAGGAUAUGCAAUCCGUAUUCUCAUUUAAGAUCCGUGGAGCUUAUAAUAUGAUGGCUAAACUUCCAAAGGAAGUUUUGAAGAAAGGGGUUAUAUGCUCUUCUGCUGGAAAUCAUGCUCAAGGAGUUGCCUUGUCUGCCAAAAGAUUGAAAUGCAAUGCUGUUAUUGCUAUGCCCGUAACCACUCCUGACAUCAAGUGGAAAUCUGUGGAGAGGUUGGGUGCUACUGUCGUCCUUAUCGGGGAUUCCUAUGAUGAAGCACAAGCAUAUGCUAAGAAGCGUGCAAAAGAGGAGGGUCGUACGUUUAUACCUCCUUUUGAUCAUCCCGAUGUUAUUGCAGGUCAGGGAACUGUUGGGAUGGAAAUUUGGCGCCAUAUGCAGGGCCCGAUUCAUGCAAUCUUUGUGCCCGUGGGAGGUGGUGGUCUCAUUGCUGGUAUUGCCGCUUACGUGAAGAGGGUUUCUCCACAGGUGAAGAUUAUUGGAGUCGAACCUUCUGAUGCGAAUGCUAUGGCUUUGUCACUUCAUCAUGGUCACAGAGUGAUUUUAGACCAGGUUGGAGGAUUUGCAGAUGGUGUGGCUGUUAAAGAGGUUGGUGAAGAAACUUUUCGCUUGUGCAAAGGGUUGGUAGAUGGUGUUGUUCUUGUAAGCCGUGAUGCAAUUUGUGCAUCGAUAAAGGACAUGUUUGAGGAAAAAAGGAGCAUAUUAGAACCAGCAGGCGCUCUUGCUCUUGCUGGAGCUGAGGCAUACUGCAAGUAUUAUGGGAUCAAGGGGGAAAAUGUUGUAGCGAUAACCUCUGGAGCAAACAUGAAUUUUGAUAAACUUAGGAUAGUAACUGAACUUGCUAAUGUUGGUCGUAAACAAGAAGCUCUGAUGUUAACUGUCCUGCCAGAGGAGCCUGGCAGUUUCAAACGGUUUUGUCAAUUGGUGGGGCAGAUGAGUAUUACAGAAUUCAAAUACAGAUACUCUUCUAGUGAGAAAGCUGUUGUCCUUUACAGUGUUGGGGUUCACACACCCAAAGAACUAAAAAAAAUGCAGGAGAAAAUGGAAUCAUCUCAGCUUGAAACUCACAAUCUCUCAGAAAGUGACGUGGCGAAAGAUCAUUUGCGUUACAUGAUGGGAGGCCGGUCGGAUAUUCAGAAUGAGGUUCUUUGUUGUUUUACCUUUCCAGAAAGACCCGGUGCUUUGAUGAAGUUUUUGGACUCCUUCAGCCCACGUUGGAAUAUCACUUUAUUCCAUUACCGUGCGCAGGGUCAAGUUGGAGCAAAUGUACUAGUUGGAAUACAGGUUCUAUCGAGUGAGAUGGAUGAAUUCCAUGAUCGUGCCAACAAACUUGCCUAUGACUAUAAAGUGGUGAAUGAUGACCCUAUCUUCCAACUUUUGCAUUGAUCGUUUCAUGCACUUCCCAAUAACUACUAUUGUGUAUUUUAGUGGAAUAGUUUGUCAUUCUAUUUAUUUCAAUAGUGGAGUAUAUAUGUGAACAUUUUUAAAAGGAAUAAUAUGAUACUAAUUGCAGCAUUUUAUUAGCAGCAUUGUAUAAUUGUGACCUUGUAUGCUUAAAUAUAA